AUGCUUGCUGAGAUGAAAGAGGUGGGCAGAUCUAAGCAGUCUGGAACUCGGGUAAAGAAGAAAAGCUCUUCUGGCUGUUUGGUUUUUAAAAAAAAAGUUGCAGAUACUGUGGUAGGGGUUAGUGGGUUUAGUGAUUCUUCUUCGAGGAAUUUGUCUGGAUCGUCAAAGGUGAAAAAGAGACGUCGAGUUGUUGAGAGUGAUUCAGAGUCCAGUGAUUACUCAUCAGAAACUACUCAUAAACUCCGUAAACGUUCAGCUGUUUACAAAGAAUUUGAGACCGAGAAAAGGGCAAAUAGUGGAUUAGAUGUAUUUGAGUUUGACGAGUAUGAUGGGUUUGAGGAUGUGAGGACCAGGAAGGAUGCUAAUGGUGGUAAGCAUAGAUGGAACUCAUAUAGGCAAAGUGGCGAUGAAAUGGAAUCUGGAAAUGGUGGUAGCAGACCUACUUAUGAAGCUAGAACUAUAAGUCCCUUAGAGAUGGAUGAUGAUGAUGAUGAUUUUGACUUACCCCUUUCAGUGUUGAGUAAGAAAUAUCGUUCAUCUUCAGACCAACCUAUUAGACUACAAGGGGAAAAUGGUGUCUUGAAUGUAAUGGUAAAUCAUAAUAAGCAGAUGAGUAGAAGUUCUGAUAAAAAAGAAGCCAAGGCUAGAGUUCAUCACAUGAAAAAGCUGGAUAAAAAUGGUGAUCAUAGAGAUGCUGGAGAUGGACAUAGUUCCAGGAGUGAGGAUACCAAAAAGAGCAAGGAGAAAGGUGGGAUGAAAUCUCCAACACCAAUGGUGCGAAAAAGCAGCAAAGAAGUAACUGAGAGUGAUACAGCAAUGCAGUCAAAAUCAAAUAGCAGAGUGGAAACUGUUAAAAAACUGGAGAAUGUUAAGAAAGUGAAGAAGAAGAAGAAGAAGAAGAAGAAAGACAUGGUUAAGCAUGGUAGUGGCACUGAAAAGCAAAUACUGCGUGAAAAGAUUAAGAAUAUGCUUCUUGGUGCUGGUUGGACCAUUGACUAUAGGCCAAGAAAGAACAGAGACUAUCUUGAUGCUGUAUAUACUAAUCCUGCUGGAACUGCUUAUUGGUCUAUAAUCAAGGCUUAUGAAGUACUUCAAAAGGAAGAGGAAGAAAAUGCUGAAGAUAGUGACAACUUUACCCCUUUACCUGUUGAAAUACUUGGUAAAUUAGCCAGACAAGCCCAAAAGAAGACAGAAAGAGAAUUGAAAACAAAGAGAAAAGAUGAAGGCAACAGUAGGAAUGCUAAAAGGGCUAUGGAGGACACAGAUAGUGAUUAUGAGGAUGAAAUGAAUUCCCAUGGAAGAAGAAAAAGCAGAUCUACUUUGUUGGUUCGAGAUACUAACAAAGUUUCAGAAAAUGACGGGAUUAGUCCCUAUUCAGGAAAAAGGACCAUUCUUGGGUGGUUAAUCGACUCUGGAGUGGUGGAUAUGAAUGAACAUGUGGAAUAUAUGAAUGCUAGAAGGACACGGAUACUGCAAAAAGGAAGGAUUACAAAAGAUGGGAUCCAUUGUGGUUGUUGUAGCAAGGUUGUAACUGUUGUCAAGUUUGAGCAACAUUCAGGAAGCAAACUUUGCAACCCGUUUUCAAACAUGUUUUUGGAGUCUGGAAAAUCCCUGAUGCAAUGUCAGAUUGAUGCAUGGAAUAAACUAGGGGAGUUAGAGCAAAAGGGUUUUUAUAGUGUAGAUGUUGAUGGUGAUGAUCCUAAUGAUGAUACAUGUAGUGUAUGUGGGGAUGGUGGGGAUUUGAUCUGUUGUGAUGGUUGUCCAUCAACUUUUCACCAAACCUGUUUAGACAUACAGAUGCUUCCUGAAGGUGAUUGGCUCUGUCCAAAUUGUUCCUGCAAAUACUGUGAAAUGGCUGCUGGGAAUUGCACAAAAGAUGCUUCACUUCAUACGUGCUGCCUUUGUUACAAGAAAUAUCAUGAAUCAUGCAGGCCAGGAAUAGAUGUCAAGCCACAUGAACCAAAUUCUCUGGAUUUGUCUUUCUGUGGACACAAGUGCCAUGAGGUAUACAUUCCGUUGCAGAAACUUAUUGGAGUGAAGCAUGAACUGGAUUCAGGGUUCUCAUGGUCCCUUAUUCAUCGAUCUGAUUCCGAUUCUGAUUCAUUGACAGAGGGAGAAAGGAUGGAAUGCAAUUCCAUGCUGGCUGUUGCCAUGUCAUUGAUGGAUGAGUGUUUCUUGCCUUUUACUGACAAGAGAAGUGGGAUCAAUUUAAUUCGUAAUGUAGUCUUCAAUUGUGGAUCAAACCUUAGCCGGUUGAACUAUAGUGGCUUCUAUACAGCUAUUCUGGAGAGGGAGGAGGAAGUCGUUUGUGCUGCAUCUAUCAGGUUCCAUGGAACCCAACUAGCAGAGAUGCCAUUUAUUGGGACACGUCAUAUAUAUAGACGCCAAGGGAUGUGUCGUCGCCUAUUAUCAGCUAUUGAAUCGGCUCUUUCUGCUCUCCAAGUAGAUAAAUUGAUUAUUCCUGCGGUUGCUGAACACAUGAAUACAUGGACUGAUGUUUUCGGUUUCCAGCCAUUGGAGGAAUCACACAAACAAGAACUGAAGUCUAUGAAUAUGUUGGUGUUUCCUAGGACUGAUAUGUUACAAAAGCCUCCCCUAAAUGCCAUCCCUGAAGGUAAGAAGAGCCUUGUUAGUGCCUUGUCCAAGAAACCAGAGUUGAUUUCUGCUAAUGUUGCAGAGUUAAGUGAGAAAGAUAAAAAUGGCACUAGAGAUUCUGGUUUUCCUAUGAGCAAGGAGACUCUUCCCAUCGAUCCUCAUCCACUCCAACUGCAAUCUGAUUCCAGUUCCAAAGUCAACGGAAUUGAUGUGCAGAAUCAGAAUGGCAAUGGAACUGAUCCACUUCCUGAUCCUUCACAUAAUGAUAUUGAUAUUCCAUGCGAAUCACAGUCACAUAAACUACAACACUCAUCUGAUUCCAAAAUCGAAGGAAUUGGUGUGUUGCAGAAUGGCAAUGGAACUAAUCCUAAGGAGGGUUCAUGUGGAAGUGAAAGGAAUAGAAAGGAAAAGGAAAGAGUAAUCCCUGAUUUGAUUGUAGGUAACAACGACACUGCUGAUGUGGAUGACCAUAGUGACUUGUCCAAAAAUAUGGUGGAGCUUACAUUGGAUUUGGAGACUCAUCUCAUCAGUUCCCCAGUUAAAGAUGAACCCCAACACCAACUUCUUGGAAUGGAGUCUGAUUCACAUUCCAACUCCAAAUCCUCAAUUCAAACGAAUCCACAUCAUCCCAUACAACUCUCAAACAAGGAAUCUUUUUCUUCCAUGGAUGUAGGCAACAAUAAUACUAUUGAAUUAGAUGACCAUAGUGCUGUGGCCACAAAAUCAGAAUUGGCUCCUUCUAAUGUGGCAGAGUUUAGUGACAAAACUGCUACCAUUGAUUCCUGUUCUCAAGAAUGUGUUGUUUCUUUGGAUGAUGUUUGUUCCUUAGAUACAAGCAAGAAGACUCUUCCCCUCAAUUCACCUGUUAAAGAUGAGAGCUCUUGUGAACCUGAACCUCAACUGCCAGUUAAGGAAUCUGAUUCCAUCCAUUCACAUUCUGAUUCCAAAGUCCAUGAAAUUGAUGUGCAGAAUGACAAUAAUACUGAUCCCAUACAAGGUUCAUGUGGAAGUGAAAUGAAUAGGAGAAAGGAAAAAGAAAGAGGAACUCUUGGAGCAGUUUCUGAUUCCAAAGCCACAAACAUAAACACAAACGAUUUCAGUGGGGUGCAUUACUCUGUCAUUUCCACUCCAUCCAUGGAAGUAGAUGCCUUCUCCAUAAAACAUGAGUUGAUUUCUUCUAAUGUUAAUGACAAAACUGCCAUUACAGAAUCCGGAGUUCCUUUUGAUGAUACCGACACCAAAACUACUGAUUCCGGUUCACAUGAUAAUAUUGUUUCUUCUGAGAUUCCGCACAAAAUCACUGCUGCUCCUUCCAGUGAACCUGGAAUGGAAUCUGUUUCCAUCCAUUUACAUUCCAAGUCCAAAGCCAAUGAAAUUGCUAUGCAGAAUAAAAUUGAAACUGAUCCCAAAGGUAGCAGCAUCAUGGAAGUUCUAGUAGAUGACGUGGUGAAAAAUGGUUGUCAAGAAUCUGGUGUUCCUUUGGAUGAUGGUUGUUCUUUACACGCCAGCAUCAUCUAUCCUCCUCAACUUCAGCUUCCAGGAAAGGAAUCUGAUGAAAUUGAUGUGCAGAAUGGCAAUCCCCGAGUUCAUGAUUCUUUACAUGAACAAGUAGUCCCUGCUGCUUCUUUUAGUGAACCCGUUAAACUCCAACUUCCCAGUAAGGAAAAAUCUUAUUCCAAUUCUAAUGAUGGUGUCCCAUUCAAAUCACAUGAACCCAAACUCCAACAGCCAGGAAAGGAAUCUCAUUCACAUUCCAAUUCCAAAGUCGAUCAAAUUGAUGUGCCAAAUGGCCAUGGAACUAAUCCACUUCCAGGACAAAUCCAUGGUCCCAUUCCGUCUGAUGUCCCAUGUCAAUUGCACCAACUACUCCCCAAACCCCAACACCCAGGAAACGACUCUGAUUCACAUUCCGAUUCCAAGGUGGCCCAUGGGAAUUCUGAAAAACAAAUUGUUAAAGAUACCAGUCAGUUUUUUCAAGGGAAAGAAGAGUCAUUUGAAAAGGAAAGAGGAAUUCCUGGAGCAGGUGUGAUUGAAAGGAAAGGCAACAAUAGAAGUGGACUCUGUACAGGCAUAUAUAUGUUAAUUCCAGAUAUGUAGUAAUAUCAAAAAGAGGAGACUAACAAAAGACCAUUCAAAAUGAGUUCUGCCUGUUCUUGAUGACUCAUAGUUCGCACGUUAUAUGUCUGGGUUGGAUCAUGAAGACAAAGUGUUCGAUGGAUUGCCUCACUGCGGUUUUUUCAGCAAGUCUUGGAAUGAUGAGUAUUUGUUUGGAUGGAUCGGUUCAAUCUGAUCAAGCUAAUCUGAAUUGAUUUAGGUUUUUAAAAACAUGAAUCCAAAUAGUUUAAACUGAAUUGAAAACCAAUCCAACCAAUCCAAUUACAAUUCAGUUAGAUCCGUGUUUCUAUAACUCUAUUUACUAGAGCCGGAACAUUCUAUAAAAUAUAGAGUAAAUUACACGAAUGGUCCCUAUGGUUUAGGGUAAUUUACAUGUAUGAUCUCUAACUUAUUUUUUUAACUCGGAAGGUCUCUACC